CCGCGCUUACUUGCUCACCACUUGUCACGCAACUUCCCUCAUUUCCUCACGUCUUUAUAAACCCUCCUCUCCCCACUCUCACUCCAAACUCAAUCAACUCGAUCAACUCAACACAAACCAAAACUCAAGCUAAAAUUCUCACUCUCUCUCUCAUCUCGAGAUCAUAGUAUCAUAUUCAAUAUCAUUUCAUACCAAACACAUGGCUUUGGAAGCUCUCAACUCACCAACAACAACCGCUCCAUCUUUUCCCUUUGACGACCCAACUAUUCCAUGGGCGAAACGAAAACGUUCAAAGCGUUCUCGCGACCAUCCUUCUGAAGAAGAGUACCUCGCCCUCUGCCUCAUCAUGCUCGCUCGCGGCGGCACCACCACCGUCAACAACCGCCACGUCAGCCCUCCACCGCCACAGCCACAGCCACAGCCGACACCAGAUCCUUCCACCAAGCUCAGUUACAAAUGCUCCGUUUGCGACAAGAGCUUCCCCUCUUACCAAGCGCUCGGUGGACACAAGGCCAGUCACCGGAAACUCGCCGCCGCCGCCGAAGACCAACCCCCCAGCACCACCACUUCCUCCGCCGCCGCCACCAGCUCCGCCUCCGGAGGUAAGGCCCAUGAGUGCUCCAUUUGCCACAAAUCCUUCCCCACCGGACAGGCCCUUGGCGGACACAAACGUUGUCACUACGAAGGUAACGGUAACGGAAAUAACAACAACAGUAACAGCGUUGUCACCGUCGCCUCGGAAGGCGUGGGGUCCACCCACACUGUCAGUCACGGCCACCACCGCGACUUCGAUCUCAACAUCCCGGCCUUUCCGGAUUUUUCGACCAAGGUCGGAGAAGACGAGGUUGAGAGCCCUCACCCUGUCAUGAAGAAGCCUCGCCUCUUCGUCAUUCCCAAGAUCGAAAUCCCCCAAUUUCAAUGAACUCAUUGAAUUUUUAGUUUAUUUUUCGACUAUAUAUUUUGGAGAAUUUUGAGAGUUACUAUAAUUUGAUUUUGUACAUAGUACUUGGAAGUUUUGUUGGACCGUACCGGACCCAGUUCUCUGGUUGAGGUUGUACUUUCACAACAGUGGCAGAUUUGCAAUUCAAUUCAAUUUAUUUGUUUAUUUUAAUUAGUAA